AGUUUUUUUUCAUCCCUCCCCCUGAACAGAUCUUUAUCAAUUUAGGUACUACUGCACUUGGGGUUGCGUUGAGCGCGUGUCGGCACAAGUAUCAGGUCAACGGCAAGGCAGGAUCAAGGUGUGUCCAGUCAGUGGGCUGUGGGGAAGAGUCCUGACUUGAAUUCAUUCUAAAGCUGGGAGUAGCAAGAUAAAGUGAAAGACAGAUUGAUUGAUUUUUCUCUUUAUCUCAAAGUGUCUGGGAGCCUUUUGAAGACGCGUGGGUCGGAGGAGCCCGACAGAGUCCUGUGGACAACUUUCUAGAAAGGCUCUCCUCUUCCUGAUCUCCAAGUCCAGCAGUCUUUUAUCUGUGUCCAUUUACAGCCACCUAUCAAGAUUCACGAUUUGGCAGGACCUGAAGAGCAGCCUAGAUGUCGGGCCAGUGGAAGGCGUUGAAGAAGCCGCCGGCGGCCAUGGUGGCCCCGGAGCCCACGGGGGCCAGCGCGCUGACCGUGGCCCUGGAGCCCAUGGCCCCCACCUCGGCCGACAACUCCACCGAGUCGGUCAGCAAGAACGACGCCUUCGAUGAGAUGAAGAACAAGUUCCUGAACGAGAUCGACAAGAUCCCGCUGCCGUCCUGGGCCAUCAUCGCCAUCGCGGUGGUGGCAGCCAUGUUGAUCCUGACCUGCUGCUUCUGCAUCAUCAAGAAGUGCUGCUGCAAGAAGAAGAAGAACAAGAAGGGCAAGAAGGGGAAGGGGGAGCUGGGCAUGAAGAACAUGAAGGGGGGCGAGAAACAACAGGAGGAUGACGAGGACGACGACGACGCGGAGAUCGGGCUGACGGGCGACGAGAAGGAGGAGGAGGUGAAGGAGAAGGAGAAGCUGGGCAAGCUGCAGUACUCCAUCGACUAUGACUUCCAGGAGAACAAGCUCACCGUGGGCAUCCUCCAGGCCGCCGACCUCCUCUCCAUGGACAGCGGCGGCACGUCCGACCCCUACGUCAAGGUCUUUGUCCUCCCCGACAAGAAGAAGAAGUUCGACACCAAGGUCCACAAGAAGACACUGAAUCCCACCUUCAACGAGACGUUCGUCUUCAAGAUCCCCUUCCAAGAAAUGGGCGGGAAGACUCUGGUCAUGUCGGUGUAUGACUUUGAUCGCUUCUCCAAACACGAUGUCAUCGGGGAGCUCAAGUUCCCCAUGAACACCCUUGACCUGGCCAAGCCAAUCGAGGAGUGGAGGGACCUGGACAACGCAGACCAGGAGGAGCCAGAGAAGCUGGGUGACAUUUGCAUCUCUCUGCGUUACGUGCCUACUGCUGGCAAACUUACAAUCUGUAUUCUGGAAGCCAAGAACUUGAAGAAAAUGGACGUGGGAGGACUGUCAGAUCCGUACGUGAAGAUCAACCUGUUGCAGAACGGCAAGCGUCUGAAGAAGAAGAAGACGACAGUGAAGAAGAACACUCUGAACCCCUACUACAACGAGUCCUUCAGCUUUGAGAUUCCUCUGGAACAGAUGCAGAAAAUCCAAGCCGUGAUCACGGUUCUCGACUACGACAAGAUCGGCAAGAACGACGCCAUCGGUAAGGUGUGGGUGGGCAGCAAGUCCACGGCGCUGGGCCUGAAGCACUGGUCCGACAUGCUGGCCAACCCGCGGCGCCCCAUCGCCCAGUGGCACCCGCUACAGCCCGAGGAGGAGGUGGACGGGGCCCUCGCCGCGCUCAAUGCCAAAAAGUAAAACUUUCCAGUGCGCCUCCAUCCUCCCUCUUCCUUCCCCCUGCUCCUCUUCCUCCCCCCUCCUACACCCCCCCUCCUCCCUCCUGCUCCUCUUCCUCCCCCCUCCUACACCCCCCCUCCUCCCUCCUGCUCCUCUUCCUCCCCCCUCUCCUACUCCUCUCUACCCUCCCCUCAACACCUUUGUCCUCCUCCCUCCCAUUUCCUCACCCUUACAUCGAGUCCCAACUGUUUGCCUACUAACCCCCCCCCCCCCUCCCCAGACUUAAACCCCCACCCACAUGCAACAACCCCCCCCCCCCCUGCUGUUUUCUCCAUCCCCAAUCCUCCAAAUCCCACCCAACCCGACCAUUGCCAUUGCAAAAAAAAAUAAAAAAUGCAUAGAUCAUGCAUUUGACAUCGUGGGAGAGAAGAAAAAAAGAUCUACGUGUUCCAGUAAUAUAUCAUGCUAUAUACAGCCAUGCCAUCUAACGAAAGACAAAACGAAAAAAAUAAAUAAAAAAUAAGACAAGGAAGAGGAAGAGGAGGUUGAAGAAAACGGAAAAACUAAAUCAAAAACAGCCGAAGAAGACAGAAGUCACGCGAUGGACAGAUGCUCCGUUGUUUUCCUUUAGAUAUAUUUUUGUAUUGGGGUUGUGGUUGUAGUGUCCAGACCUGUCCUAUGAGGAACGAGGGGGGCCCCCCGGGGCCCCACCGACAGGUGGGAGGGAGAAAUCCAUGUAUUCACUCGUGAUCGUGUCCCCCCUCCCCCUCCUCCUCCCACCUCCCCCCCUCCCGAUCCUCCCUUUAGUGACACAGUUGCUUAGAAUAACGCUUAAUACUAGUUCUGACUCUAAUAAUAAUGCUUUAUACUGCCAUACGAUAGAGGGACAACACAAGCGGGCCGUCCAGCGGCGUCCGCGAGCCACUCCGUUCACCUGCCAAUCGUCAUCCUAGAUGAUUACGUUUGUUUGUUUAAAAAAACAAAAUUUAAAUACAUUCCUAGAAGCUGGGUAGCAAAGUAGGGUUUUAGCCACAGAUCCCGUUACCCACAGAAACCACACUGCCGUUUUCCUUGGUUGACUGCCUCCCCCCCUCUCCCCCUCCCCCUCCCCCUCCCCCAUCCCCCAUCCCCUUUUCUCAGGAACGCUGAGAGAAAUCUGAAACUCCAUGCCUUUUUUUCUAAACGGGUUCUUAUGAUUCCGCCUGACGAGCAGUGUCGUUCGACUUUUCUUUCUCGAUAUGUUUGACCACCUUGUGCUCCAUUUCUGUACUGUUCGAGCAUAGCGUCCGCUUAUUAGUAAUAAAGGGGAGAACGGACCGAUGGGUCGUCAGAGAGCGCGAGAGGAGAGAGAGAUGUAAAGUGUCAAACUGAACCCGUGUGUGAGAGCCUGUGUCUUCAUCACGCGCGACGUCUCUUAAUAACACCACAGCAGGUACUACUUCAGAGACCAGGUACAACAAACAAACGCAACAUGUUAUUUAUAAACCUGUUGCGCAAUCUACCACCUUACACCCCCCCGUCCCCGUCCCCGUCACCGUCCUGCCACCACCUCCACCCACCACCACCACCUGCUCCACCUCCACCCUUCCUCCGAUGCCUGUGAUUCUAUACGUCACUUGUUCAGUGCUACUGCCAUCGGUCAUGGACUCGCUACAUGGGUGUUACUUCACAGAGAUCCCUAUAACCGUCUUUCAGUCAUAAAGGAGACAAGCCUUCCAAGCAACAAAAAUAAGCAAUUCUUCAACUACCAGGGACGCCUUCCGAUUAGUGGUGUUUUUCCUCAUCAUCUUAUUAAUUUUGUUUGUUUGAUGUCAGUGUUAUUUAUUGUUCAAUGAUUCUUUGUUAAAUAGAUACAGUCAUAGAGCUCUUAUUAAUGCCCGGUGGGGUACAUUAGAAGUUUGUGGAUUAAUAAAGCGUCAUCUAUCUAUUUAAAUUGAAUUGAAAAGAAAAAAAGGUUUAUUCCUCAAGCACUUUAAAUCAAAAAAUGUUGUGUUGAACGUCUAUCUCUCAAAGAAAGAAAAAAAUCAGAGCUUUAAUUAUUUAUUUUAAAACUAAUGUUUGAUUUGAUGAUAGAAAAAAGAGUAUAUUCCAUGAAAUUAUUUAUUUAAUUACAUAUGUUUUGUUGGGUUAUUUAUUUUGGUCUAUAUUAACCUUAGAAUUCGUACGAAUGAAGACUUUUUUUUUUCUUCCUUUUCUUAUUGCAUAUGAGGAAGACAUUGAUCUAUGUGUAUUUUAUGCACGCAUUACCAAACCGCUGAAUUAAAUUGCACUACUGUGUUCUGCGGCAGCCGACACUGCUCCUAACAAAGUGGUUUUGUAAAAGAGAUGCUGUGAGAUUGAAUUGUGUGUGGGCAUGUCAAGACAAGAAGCCUCAAUUUACUAAAGUCCUCCCUGGCUGAAAGGGGGGGACACGAUUCAAUCUAUUGCUGCUCUCUCCCCCCCCCCCCCCCCCUCCCCCCCAAGUGAAUUCACACAGUGUAAUUGGUUCCAGUGUAGGCUUGUGACUUUUAUAUGAAACAUCUUAAUAUUUUGCCAGAGAUACAAUUGCGAAUUGAGAGUCACUUUGAAUUACGUGACCAAAUGAAACGGAUAGGAUUUAAUGAAGGAGGAGGAGAAAUUGGUCAAAAGUAAAUCGGUGUGAAUUGAUUAGAUUUUAAAUAGAUGUUAACAAAAUGUGAAGUGGGAAUUACAAUGAUCACCGUCUGUGAGCACCAGCUAGUGUCACAACCUAUCAGCUCACAUGCGACUGAAUUGGGUGCGAAUGUAGUCGGCCCGUCCAAAAGUGAUUGGGAUUUUGGAAUAUGUUGAAUGUUUUCCUGUAUUUUAAUUUUGAUUCAAAUGUAUACCAUUUCUUUCCUCCUACCCUUAUUUUCCGUUGGUGAAACAACACUAAAGAAAAGACCACAUGCAAGCAAUCAAGCCACCCAUCGAUGUGUAGUUUUGCCUAUAUUCAUAGUUCAUACACGUUAAUACUGCAUGUUUAUACAAAAUACUGUACAUAAGAGCAUGUUUUAGAGACAAAGCAAAAAUAUCUUGUGUACGUAAAAAAAAAUUGGUGUCAUUCGUCAUUUAAAUAACACGUUCAAGGGAAAAAAAAUGCACUGUAUAUUUUCUAAAUGAGCAAAUUGUGUGUUUUCUUUCCACGAUGGGGGGUCACUCGAGAGAAUGUCAUAUAAUAUAUUAGACUACUAAUACUUAAUAAGAACCUUUCCACGCCUGAACUUUCUAAAGCAAGUGUGUCGUCAAGUACUGUGUGUGACUCCAUGUAGGAUGAAAUUGUAGCCGCAUGCUAUCCGCUCCUUGUAAUUCCAAGCUCUUAAUUUGAAACAGUACCAUUUAUUAUUAUGAUUAACCCUUCUAUCGUAUUGUGUGGGUGAACCAAUGUUUUCUUGUUACAAACAUUGGUCCGCUUUACAAAUCCUUUCUUUAAUUGUUUCCAUCAUCAUCCUCCUCUUAUUUAGCUUUGUUUGAGUGGGCAUGUGGAGAGACCUGUGGAUAGUUUUGCUAUCCAAAAUGUUGACGAGACGCAUCCUGACGUAUCUCUACGUAAGGAUGGGUAGAAGGUCCUGAGUUCCAUACCGUGCAGCGCAGCAACACAGUCCACCAUCACCCCACCGCGACGCAACGGCGCUCUAGAAAUCCACCACGCUUGGAAUCCCCUCCCCCUCCCCCCUUCGUAUCUCCCCCUCCCCCCUUCGUAUCUCUCCCUCCCCCGUCCUCCCCCCCCCCCCGUGGCGUUCCCGCUCCUUUUUACUCCUCUCGACGACCCCACGCGCUUAACGGCGACGUCUCUUUUACGAUGUUUAUGAUACAAUAUGUGUGUAUGUGUAUACGGAUACAAAUAAGAUAAAAACUAAAGCCAUAAAACUCAAGCACUAACUCUUAGAGCUCCGCCGAGUAGCUAGAGUUGAUUUAUGUUCAAAACAGACGAAAAAAAGAAAACCAGACGAAAAACGCGUCCUCGUUUUGUUUAGGCCGGUGGUGUUUUUUUUCCUCGACGUUCAGUUCAGAGGUCUUCGCUCAUUAGGAGGAAUAUCGCAUUUGAAUACGCGAGCAUCGGGAAACAGCGGUGCGUUUGGUAGAAUGAGUGUGUCCUUUUUCUACUUUCAAGGCUGUCCGUGUGUCUUUCGUUCCCUAGAGGUAGCUGAUUCUACGGUGUUGUGAUUAGUAUUGUAUAUGCCUUGUUUUUUGAUAGUAACGAAUCAUAGAUCAGUUAAUCACGCAAUCUCAAAAAAAAUCGAUGAAAAAAACAGUUCUAGUAAUUAAAAAAAAAUUAUAUAUAUCUAUAUCUAUAUAUAUAUAUAUAUAUAUAUAUAUACGAGAGUUUGUUCUAUUCCAGGGCCGGGUGCAAUCUGUCAGGCGAACUGGGUCACUCGUAGGUUUCCCUUGAUCUCAAACUGGGUCACUCCCACUGAGUUGGUCCUGUACCCCCACAGAACUAAAUAACUUGUGACUCGGUACCAUCAGACACACAGUGUUCCUCCAUCGCGGUUCAGACAAUCUGUACUGCCGCUCAGAGGCACUGGUCAGGGGGUGACCCACGGUCUCCUAACCCUGAUCUCCACCGGGAUAGAGCUAUGGACCGGAGGAAGACCUUCCCAGAUAUACGACCAAACGAACAGUGUACGACCGACUUUCACGGCCGCCGUGAGACCUUAAUGUGUUGAGCUUUCCGAGAUGAGACGAGGGGGGCCGCGGACGGUGCACAGGCCCGUCUGUCAUCGUCUCUCGACGCCACAUCAACGACAUUUUAACACUUUCAGUCUGUUCUGCUGUGUCACACGCUGCAGCACAGACCUCUUGAUGCAAUAUCGGCCAUUCAGUAUCCCAGGCUGCUGGUGCAGACUGUGACCAUCGAUAGACGCAGAGGGGGUACAUCCCGGGAGAUUACUAUGUUUUAAAAAUACUGCCAGUAGCCCAUGCUAUAAAGUAAAAAGGAGAGGAAAUACAAUUAUACAAAAGAUGUCAUGAAGGAUUUAGUUCCGAGCACAUUGAAGAGAGGGGGGGUCUUACUUCAAAAUGCUUCAGCACUGCCCAGGGAGCCUGGCCCCAGCUGACCCCCGCGCUUUGGGGUCUUGUUGGUGUGUGUUGUUGGUUUAUCGGUCAAGCACAGGCUGCAGACGAUAUGCAGGAACACCACGUUGGGGAACAUAGUAUUGACCGUACACAGGUCUGAGCGUGGGACACAACCCCCCCCCCCCCCCCCCCUUUAGACAUCGAUGAAUCCAUGGGAACCAAAACCAAUGGUCAUUAUUUAUAAGCAAAUAUAAACAUAUAUAUAUAUACACAGUAUAAACAGAGUGACUUUCUUUCCAAUAGUUCUGUAGAUGUAACUUGCACAAUCUCAACUGAAACCGUAGGCUAUUUUUUGCAUUCACAGGGCAACCUAUGGGUUAGUGUGCGUCUGUACGUCUGUCUUCGUCUUGUGUGUUUUGCUUUCGAUCGGAUGUAAAAAGGGAACCCAUCAGAAGCUGUGUAGACCACACACCUCAGCCGUACCAGGGGUCCAGGUCCCCACGCGGAUCAGGGCCCCCCUUUCCAAUGUUUCAAGUCUUUCGCUCAAGAUGUUUAUUUGUACUUCAGCAUGUUUGUGUGUGUACGUGACUAUAGCUAUUAAUCUGUGUUUUAAUUUCUUCACUGUUUUUCACCAAGGUUACACCGUAGUGGUAGAGCCUACGGUGUUGGUUUUUAUUUGUUUAUUACGCCCCCACUGAAUCAUCUUUUCUCUCUGUCUUUGUGUAGUUACCGUGUGACCAAUCCAUAUCAUUGUCAAUGUGCUAAAUAGCAAAGCUGGCUCUGGAGUUUCCCCCCCCCCCCCCCCCUCCCCCAUUGAAAACUGCUGUGUUCCUCUGAGUGUUGGUGCAGCACGCGGGCCUACAUGUUUACAACAUGGACACACUGUAUACUGCUCCACGGGCAGGACUUGGUACCAAACCUUCCCCGUUCAGCUCGUCGUCCUCCUCCCCUCACCCCAGCGGUUGCAUUCAAAAGACUAUUCUUUUCCUUUCUACCCCUGCGCUCUUCUUCGGCAUCGGGGGGGUUGGGUUGGGAGGACCUGGUAUUGUGCGUGUGUCCCCCCACCUCCCCCCCAGCGGUGUUUUACUCGUGUCUAGUGUUGUGGUGCGUGUGUUCAUGUCAGUAUUUGUGCCUACUGUGGAUCGCAUGCUUUAGCCCUUGACUGGACACAAGACGUGGCUCACAAAAACCUCCUUCUCUCGAACCCUUGUGUGGACAAAACUGUUAGGGGACCAUUAUUAUUAUAACGUAAUCAAGGGAACCAAAUAACUUAAUACAAGAUUUAUCAUAUGUGUUACCAGUUCUGUAAGAAACAAAUAGGAAAUAAAGGCCUUUUAUUAACCA